AUGACGACAAGAAGUCUUCUCUUCCUCUUCUUCUCCCUUUUUGGAGGAUUCACAAAGACGCUUCUCACAUCUCACGCUUCCUCGUUUGAAUCGUCGUCGGUAUUGUCGCUGGAAACUGAUGAUGAACGUGAAAGGAAUAAAUAUUUCGGUCGAGUCAACUCCCACAACGCGCUUUCCGGGAUUCGAAAGUUUCAGUCUCCUUUACCGAUCGAUCCUACUUAUGGCCCGGACGGAAACUCGUACUCCACGGACGGGGUGACCAUAAAAGCCGAGAAGACAAAGAUUAGUGGGGAUAAACCUCGGAUUAACGUCACUGUUACAGUGCCAAUAGAUGUGUUGAAUAAUGAUUCAAGAACGGAUUACACGUCCGAGACUCUCAAGAGGCACUGGGUAGGCGUGUAUUCGCCGGCGAACGCUUCGAUGCUCAAUGAAACAGCACCGGUGAAAUAUUCAAUCGUCGAGAAGUAUUCAAACGCAUACGUAGCGUCCGGGAUAGGCGGUUUAAACUUUGAUUUACACAAAAUGCGUGAGGACUUUGAUUUCGUCUUGUUCAGCUCCAACGACCCGCAGUCGACGCACGCUAUUUAUCACAAGAACUUUUCGGAUUGGGCGAAUAUUUUAGGCGACUCGCAACCGAUCGCGAGGAGUGAAAGAGUUACGUUUGAAGACGAUAAGGACGAGCCCAUUGUCCCUAGAAUUGGUGUGACGAAGAGUGAUGAUCAGAAAAAGGUUUCCAUCACGUGGACGUCGGGGAGGAAAGAUGCAAACGCGAAAGUUCGGUGGCGAUACGUGGGAGAGGCAAAUUGGGAGCCGACGAUUGCGUCCGAACCCGCGGUAGAGGUGACGAAAGACCAGUUUUGUGGCGCACCAGCGAACGCGUUUGGGUACAGGCACAGCGGGUAUCAACACUACGCGGAAAUUGAAAACAAAGUGGAUAAUAAGAGAGCGUUCGAGUACCAACUCGGCGACGAUAUCAGCGAUUUCAAAGAGUCAACGAGAGUCUACAAGGGGAAGUUUUUACCCGUCGUCGGCGCGUCGCACACGACGUUAGCUUUAUUUGCAGAUAUGGGCGUCGGGACAACCGACGAUAGCGAGACGUGGAGGGAGUACGGACAACCGGGUUUACAAGUCGCCGAAUCGCUCGGAGAUUUGUCCAACGACAAUACGAAUAAACACCCGAUCGACGCGGUAUUUCUGUUUGGCGAUUUGUCCUACGCGGUUGGAUACAUCAGCGUCUGGGACGAGUUUUUGCAUCAAAUGAGCUCGUAUUUUGCGCAUAAAAUCCCAUUCCUUGUGAACAGCGGGAACCACGAAUUUGAUUAUUUCGAGAGCGGAUGGGACGCGCACGCGUCUGGGAGAACGCGAGAUUUAUACGGCGGCCACGAUUCCGGCGGCGAGUGUGGCGUCAUGUCCAACGCGCUCUUCAACACGCCAAGAAAAAGUGCCGAGAAAGAUUGGUUUGGCGUCGCCAUCGGGAACAUUUUCGUCGUCUCGAUCAAUACCGAAGUCGAUUUCAAUUCGAUGUCGUCCGACCAAUACGCCGAGUUGCGGAUGAUCUUGGAAACUGAAUUCGAUCGAACGAAGACGCCGUGGUUGAUUGUCGUCGGCCAUCGACCUGGUUUAGUGGAUUCGAGUUACGCGGAGGAAGCGCCGGCCUCGGCGAACAAGAAAGAUAGCUCGGACGUCGCCGUCAUGAAGGAAAUCCAAGAGCACUUGUGGCCGAUGUUUGUUGAAUUUAAGGUCGAUAUGGUGUUCUGGGGCCACAAUCACGCCUAUCAGCGUUCGUGUUCGCUCAAAUCCCAGUUGACUGAAACUGAGUGUUCCUUGAAGUCGAAAACUGUGAGCGAAAAUUUGAACAACGUUUACGAAAAACCGGAGUAUCCAAUCAGUUUUGUCGUCGGUACCGGAGGCGCGGAGUUUACCAAGAACGACGUAAACAUGUUUUUUACUGAAAAAGUGGUGUACGAACACGGCUUCGUGGACUUGCACGCGCACAAUUCGACGCAUUUAUUCGGAAGAUUCAUCGACGCCGUGAACGGAAACCGUGUUUUGGAUUCGUUUUGGAUUAUUCGAGAGAGUAGUAGCGAGGACGCGAUGAAAGACAACACGAAUCACACGGCGGCUAUAUUUUUCACCGUGAUGUUAUUCUUAGCCGUUAUGACAUCGAUUUGGUAUUGGUACUAUAAAAAGAACGGUGGAACGGCGACCAUAUCCGGAGGUUUGCACGCAUUUUCAUCGAGCGUGAAGAAGAAUCUAUUCCAAAAUUCUCGAGACGCCAGACCGCGGGCACAGCGGUUCCAAGCGUUUGCCGACGACGACGGCGACAGCAACAACGAAUUUGUGAUGGCAGAUUCUCCCUCUCCUUACGAAGCUCCAACAUCCUUGAGAGAAAACUAUGCCUCAAAAGAGCAUCAUCAUCAAGGAAACGAGAGCGGCGGCGAAUCAAUUAAUGUAGUGGACGAGGAGGAAGGUUCUCCUUCGCGCCCGGGGAACAACCCGUUCGCAAACUUUUAA